AAACCCCCCGCCCCGGCCCGGCCCGCACUUCCCGAGCACCGCUCCGCCCCGGAGGGAGAGGGAGAGAGAGAGAGAAAGGCCGAGGAGCCGAGGAGGCCCGCCGAGCCCGGCCAGCCAGGGGCGCGAGAGAAGUUGGAAAGCAGCGCAGCGCAGAGCUGCGAGUCCCGCGGUCGCUCCCCGACAGCGCUCCGCAGCGCCCCCAGCCCGCCCCGACCGCGACCCCGACCCCGACCCGGCCCGGCCGCGCAGCCCCUGCCCCAGCCCGCGCCAGCAUGAUGAACAACAGCGGCUACACGGAGGCCGCGGGCCUCGGCCUGGGCGACGAGGCGGACGAGAUGCCGUCCACGGAGAAGGACCUGGCGGAGGACGCGCCGUGGAAGAAGAUCCAGCAGAACACGUUCACGCGCUGGUGCAACGAGCACCUCAAGUGCGUGGGCAAGCGCCUGACGGACCUGCAGCGCGACCUCAGCGACGGGCUGCGCCUCAUCGCGCUGCUCGAGGUGCUCAGCCAGAAGCGCAUGUACCGCAAGUUCCACCCGCGCCCCAACUUCCGCCAGAUGAAGCUGGAGAACGUGUCCGUGGCCCUCGAGUUCCUGGAGCGGGAGCACAUCAAGCUCGUGUCCAUCGACAGCAAGGCCAUCGUGGAUGGGAACCUGAAGCUGAUCCUGGGCCUGAUCUGGACGCUGAUCCUGCACUACUCCAUCUCGAUGCCCAUGUGGGAGGAUGAGGAGGAUGAAGAUGCCCGCAAACAGACGCCCAAGCAACGUCUGCUUGGCUGGAUCCAGAACAAGGUGCCCCAGCUGCCCAUCACCAACUUCAACCGUGACUGGCAGGAUGGCAAAGCACUGGGCGCCCUGGUGGACAACUGUGCCCCUGGCCUCUGCCCCGACUGGGAGGCCUGGGACCCCAACCAGCCCGUGGAGAACGCCCGGGAGGCCAUGCAACAGGCGGAUGACUGGCUCGGGGUACCCCAGGUCAUUGCCCCCGAAGAGAUCGUGGACCCCAAUGUGGAUGAGCAUUCUGUCAUGACUUACCUGUCCCAGUUCCCCAAGGCCAAGCUCAAACCUGGAGCCCCUGUUCGAUCCAAGCAGCUGAAUCCCAAGAAGGCCUUUGCCUACGGGCCUGGCAUCGAGCCCCAGGGCAACACCGUGCUGCAGCCUGCCCACUUCACCGUGCAGACAGUGGAUGCUGGCAUAGGUGAGGUGCUGGUCUACAUCGAGGAUCCGGAGGGCCACACCGAGGAGGCCAAGGUGGUUCCCAACAAUGACAAGGACCGCACCUAUGCUGUCUCCUACGUGCCCAAGGUCGCUGGUUUGCACAAGGUGACCGUGCUCUUUGCUGGCCAGAACAUCGAUCGCAGCCCCUUUGAGGUGAACGUGGGCAUGGCCCUAGGGGAUGCCAACAAGGUGUCAGCCCGUGGCCCUGGCCUGGAGCCUGUGGGCAACGUGGCCAACAAGCCCACCUACUUUGACAUCUACACUGCAGGGGCCGGCACUGGUGAUGUUGCUGUGGUGAUCGUGGACCCGCAGGGCCGGCGGGACACAGUGGAAGUGGCCCUGGAGGACAAGGGCGACAACACGUUCCGCUGCACAUACAGGCCUGUGAUGGAGGGGCCACACACGGUGCACGUGGCCUUCGCUGGUGCCCCCAUCACCCGCAGUCCUUUCCCUGUCCAUGUGGCGGAAGCCUGUAACCCCAACGCCUGCCGCGCCUCUGGGCGGGGCCUACAGCCCAAGGGCGUGCGCGUGAAAGAGGUGGCCGACUUCAAGGUGUUCACCAAAGGCGCAGGCAGCGGGGAGCUCAAGGUCACAGUCAAGGGGCCAAAGGGCACAGAGGAGCUGGUAAAGGUGCGGGAAGCCGGAGACGGAGUGUUCGAGUGUGAGUACUACCCUGUGAUUCCUGGGAAGUAUGUGGUGACCAUCACAUGGGGUGGCUACGCCAUCCCCCGCAGCCCCUUUGAGGUACAGGUGAGCCCAGAGGCAGGAACGCAGAAGGUACGGGCCUGGGGUCCCGGUUUGGAGACUGGCCAGGUGGGCAAGUCAGCCGACUUUGUGGUGGAGGCCAUUGGCACGGAGGUGGGGACACUGGGCUUCUCCAUCGAGGGGCCCUCACAGGCCAAGAUCGAGUGUGAUGACAAGGGGGACGGUUCCUGCGAUGUGCGGUACUGGCCCACGGAGCCCGGGGAGUAUGCCGUGCACGUCAUCUGUGACGACGAGGACAUCCGUGACUCACCCUUCAUUGCCCACAUCCAGCCGGCCCCACCAGACUGCUUCCCGGACAAGGUGAAGGCCUUUGGGCCUGGUCUGGAGCCUACCGGCUGCAUCGUCGACAAGCCUGCCGAGUUCACCAUUGAUGCCCGCGCAGCUGGCAAGGGAGACCUGAAGCUCUAUGCCCAGGAUGCAGACGGCUGCCCCAUCGACAUCAAGGUGAUCCCCAAUGGUGACGGCACCUUCCGCUGCUCCUACGUGCCCACCAAGCCCAUCAAGCACACCAUCAUCAUCUCCUGGGGAGGCGUCAACGUGCCCAAGAGUCCCUUCCGGGUCAGCGUGGGAGAGGGCAGUCAUCCGGAGCGGGUGAAGGUGUACGGCCCCGGCGUGGAGAAGACGGGCCUCAAGGCCAACGAGCCCACCUACUUCACGGUGGACUGCAGCGAGGCGGGCCAAGGGGAUGUGAGCAUUGGCAUCAAGUGUGCCCCUGGCGUGGUGGGCCCUGCGGAGGCUGACAUCGACUUUGACAUCAUCAAGAAUGACAAUGACACCUUCACAGUCAAGUACACACCCCCAGGGGCCGGCCGCUACACCAUCAUGGUGCUGUUUGCCAACCAGGAGAUCCCUGCCAGCCCCUUCCACAUCAAGGUGGACCCGUCGCACGAUGCCAGCAAGGUCAAGGCUGAGGGCCCCGGGCUAAACCGCACAGGUGUGGAAGUUGGGAAGCCCACGCACUUCACGGUGCUGACCAAGGGUGCUGGCAAGGCCAAGCUGGACGUGCACUUUGCCGGGGCAGCCAAGGGUGAGGCUGUGCGGGACUUUGAAAUCAUCGACAACCACGACUACUCCUACACUGUCAAGUACACGGCCGUCCAGCAGGGCAAUAUGGCAGUGACAGUGACCUAUGGCGGAGACCCUGUCCCCAAGAGCCCCUUUGUGGUGAAUGUGGCCCCCCCACUGGAUCUCAGCAAAGUCAAAGUUCAAGGCCUCAACAGCAAGGUGGCUGUGGGGCAAGAACAGGCCUUCUCUGUGAACACGCGAGGGGCUGGCGGUCAGGGCCAGCUGGAUGUGCGGAUGACCUCCCCCUCCCGACGACCCAUUCCCUGCAAGCUGGAGCCCGGGGGUGGAGCCGACACCCAGGCUGUGCGCUACAUGCCUCCCGAGGAGGGGCCCUACAAGGUGGACAUCACCUACGAUGGCCACCCGGUGCCUGGCAGCCCCUUUGCCGUGGAAGGUGUCCUACCCCCUGAUCCCUCCAAGGUUUGUGCUUACGGCCCUGGUCUCAAGGGCGGCCUGGUCGGCACCCCAGCGCCAUUCUCCAUCGACACCAAGGGGGCCGGCACGGGAGGCCUGGGGCUGACCGUGGAGGGACCCUGCGAGGCCAAGAUCGAGUGCCAGGACAACGGCGAUGGCUCCUGUGCUGUCAGCUACCUGCCCACGGAGCCAGGCGACUACACCAUCAACAUCCUCUUUGCCGAGGCCCACAUCCCCGGCUCGCCCUUCAAGGCCACCAUCCGGCCCGUGUUUGACCCGAGCAAGGUGCGGGCCAGUGGGCCAGGCCUGGAGCGUGGCAAGGUCGGCGAGGCGGCCACCUUCACUGUGGACUGCUCGGAGGCGGGCGACGCGGAGCUGACCAUCGAGAUCCUGUCCGACGCCGGUGUGAAGGCCGAGGUGCUGAUCCACAACAACGCCGAUGGCACCUACCACAUCACCUACAGCCCAGCCUUCCCCGGCACCUACACUAUCACCAUCAAGUAUGGCGGGCACCCCGUACCCAAAUUCCCCACCCGCGUGCAUGUACAGCCCGCUGUCGACACCAGCGGCAUCAAGGUCUCGGGGCCGGGCGUGGAACCGCACGGUGUCCUGCGCGAGGUGACCACUGAGUUCACUGUGGACGCAAGGUCCCUAACAGCUACGGGUGGGAACCACGUGACAGCGCGCGUGCUCAACCCCUCGGGCGCAAAGACGGAUACCUAUGUGACAGACAACGGGGAUGGCACUUACCGAGUGCAGUACACCGCCUAUGAAGAGGGUGUGCAUUUGGUGGAGGUGCUGUAUGAUGAGGUGGCUGUGCCCAAGAGCCCCUUCCGAGUGGGUGUGACAGAGGGCUGUGACCCCACGCGUGUCCGAGCCUUCGGGCCAGGCCUGGAGGGAGGCCUGGUCAACAAGGCCAACCGCUUCACUGUGGAGACCAGGGGUGCCGGCACUGGGGGCCUGGGCCUAGCCAUUGAGGGCCCCUCUGAAGCCAAGAUGUCCUGCAAGGACAACAAAGACGGUAGCUGCACCGUGGAGUACAUCCCCUUUACCCCCGGAGACUACGACGUAAACAUCACCUUUGGGGGCCGGCCCAUCCCAGGAAGCCCAUUCCGGGUGCCGGUCAAGGAUGUGGUGGACCCUGGGAAAGUGAAGUGCUUGGGGCCAGGGCUGGGGGCUGGCGUCAGGGCCCGGGUGCCCCAGACCUUCACGGUGGACUGCAGCCAAGCUGGCCGUGCCCCCCUGCAGGUGGCCGUGCUGGGUCCCACAGGUGUGGCCGAGCCUGUGGAGGUGCGUGACAAAGGAGAUGGCACCCACACUGUCCACUACACCCCAGCCACUGAUGGGCCCUACACGGUGGCCGUGAAGUAUGCCGACCAGGAGGUGCCACGCAGCCCCUUCAAGAUCAAGGUGCUUCCAGCCCACGAUGCCAGCAAGGUGCGGGCCAGCGGCCCCGGCCUCAAUGCCUCCGGCAUCCCCGCCAGCCUGCCCGUGGAGUUCACCAUCGACGCUCGGGAUGCUGGUGAGGGGUUGCUCACCGUCCAGAUCCUGGACCCCGAGGGGAAGCCCAAGAAGGCCAACAUCCGAGACAACGGGGACGGCACCUACACCGUGUCCUACGUGCCGGACAUGAGCGGCCGGUACACCAUCACCAUCAAGUACGGCGGCGACGAGAUCCCCUACUCUCCCUUCCGCAUCCAUGCCUUGCCCACGGGGGACGCCAGCAAGUGCCUCGUCACAGUGUCCAUUGGAGGCCAUGGCCUGGGUGCCUGCCUGGGGCCCCGCAUUCAGAUUGGGGAGGAGACGGUGAUCACAGUGGAUGCCAAGGCAGCAGGCAAGGGGAAGGUGACAUGCACAGUGUCUACACCGGACGGGGCGGAGCUCGAUGUGGACGUGGUUGAGAACCACGAUGGCACCUUUGACAUCUACUACACUGCGCCCGAACCGGGCAAGUAUGUCAUCACCAUCCGCUUUGGGGGCGAGCACAUCCCCAACAGCCCCUUCCACGUGCUGGCGUGUGACCCCAUGCCCCAUGUGGAGGAGCCCUCUGAUGUGCUGCAGCUGCACCAGCCCUACACAGCUCACUGGCCUGGCACCUACCCCACACACUGGGCCACAGAGGAGCCGGUGGUGCCUGCAGAGCCAAUGGAGUCCAUGCUGAGACCCUUCAACCUGGUCAUCCCCUUCACCGUGCAGAAAGGGGAGCUCACAGGGGAGGUGCGGAUGCCCUCUGGGAAGACGGCACGGCCCAACAUCACUGACAACAAGGACGGCACCAUCACAGUGAGAUACGCGCCCACAGAGAAAGGUCUGCACCAGAUGGGUAUCAAGUACGACGGCAACCACAUCCCCGGGAGCCCCCUGCAGUUCUAUGUGGACGCCAUCAACAGCCGCCACGUGAGUGCCUACGGGCCAGGCCUGAGCCACGGCAUGGUCAACAAGCCGGCUACCUUCACCAUUGUUACCAAGGAUGCUGGGGAAGGGGGUCUGUCCCUGGCUGUGGAGGGCCCGUCCAAGGCGGAGAUCACCUGCAAGGACAACAAGGAUGGCACCUGCACCGUGUCUUACCUGCCCACAGCACCUGGGGACUAUAGCAUCAUCGUGCGCUUUGAUGACAAGCACAUCCCGGGGAGCCCCUUCACAGCCAAGAUCACAGGUGAUGACUCGAUGAGGACGUCGCAGCUAAACGUAGGCACCUCCACGGACGUGUCCCUGAAGAUCACGGAGAGCGACCUGAGCCUGCUGACCGCCAGCAUCCGCGCCCCAUCGGGCAACGAGGAGCCCUGCCUGCUCAAGCGCCUGCCCAACCGGCACAUCGGGAUCUCCUUCACCCCCAAGGAGGUGGGGGAGCACGUGGUGAGCGUGCGCAAGAGUGGCAAGCACGUCACCAACAGCCCCUUCAAGAUCCUCGUGGGGCCAUCUGAGAUCGGGGAUGCUAGCAAGGUGCGGGUCUGGGGCAAAGGCCUGUCUGAGGGACAGACCUUCCAGAUAGCAGAGUUCAUCGUGGACACUCGUAAUGCAGGCUAUGGGGGCUUGGGGCUGAGUAUCGAAGGCCCUAGCAAGGUGGACAUCAACUGCGAGGACAUGGAGGAUGGCACGUGCAAAGUCACCUACUGCCCCACCGAGCCCGGCACCUACAUCAUCAACAUCAAGUUUGCGGACAAGCACGUGCCUGGAAGCCCUUUCACCGUGAAGGUAACUGGCGAGGGCCGCAUGAAGGAAAGCAUCACACGGCGCAGGCAGGCGCCCUCCAUCGCCACCAUCGGCAGCACCUGCGACCUCAACCUCAAGAUCCCAGGGAACUGGUUCCAGAUGGUGUCUGCUCAGGAGCGCCUGACACGCACCUUCACACGCAGCAGCCACACGUACACACGCACAGAGCGCACGGAGAUCAGCAAGACGCGGGGUGGGGAGACCAAGCGGGAAGUGCGGGUGGAGGAGUCCACUCAGGUGGGCGGAGACCCCUUCCCCGCAGUCUUCGGGGACUUCCUGGGCCGAGAACGCAUGGGCUCCUUCGGCAGCAUCACCCGGCAACAGGAGGGUGAGGCCAGCUCUCAGGACAUGACCGCGCAGGUGACCAGCCCAUCGGGCAAGAUGGAAGCCGCAGAGAUCGUGGAAGGGGAAGACAGUGCAUACAGCGUGCGCUUUGUGCCUCAGGAGAUGGGGCCCCACACGGUCACUGUCAAGUACCGUGGCCAGCACGUACCUGGCAGCCCCUUUCAGUUCACCGUGGGGCCCCUGGGUGAAGGUGGUGCCCACAAGGUGCGGGCUGGAGGCACCGGGCUGGAGCGUGGCGUGGCUGGUGUGCCAGCCGAGUUCAGCAUCUGGACUCGAGAAGCAGGUGCCGGGGGUCUGUCCAUUGCUGUGGAGGGUCCCAGCAAGGCGGAGAUUGCAUUUGAAGACCGCAAAGACGGCUCCUGCGGCGUCUCCUAUGUGGUCCAGGAACCAGGUGACUACGAGGUCUCCAUCAAGUUCAAUGAUGAACACAUCCCAGACAGUCCCUUUGUGGUGCCUGUGGCCUCCCUCUCAGAUGAUGCUCGCCGUCUCACGGUCACCAGCCUCCAGGAGACGGGGCUCAAAGUGAACCAGCCGGCAUCCUUUGCGGUGCAGCUCAAUGGGGCGCGGGGCGUGAUCGAUGCUAGGGUGCACACCCCGUCCGGCGCAGUGGAGGAGUGCUACGUCUCCGAGCUGGACAGUGACAAGCAUACCAUCCGCUUCAUCCCUCAUGAGAAUGGCGUCCACUCUAUCGAUGUCAAGUUCAAUGGUGCCCACAUUCCUGGUAGUCCCUUCAAGAUCCGUGUUGGAGAGCAGAGCCAGGCUGGGGACCCAGGCCUAGUGUCAGCUUAUGGCCCUGGGCUCGAGGGAGGCACCACUGGCGUGUCGUCUGAGUUCAUUGUGAACACCCUGAAUGCGGGCUCAGGAGCCUUGUCUGUCACCAUCGACGGCCCCUCCAAGGUGCAGCUGGACUGUCGGGAAUGUCCUGAGGGCCACGUGGUCACUUAUACUCCCAUGGCCCCUGGCAACUACCUCAUUGCCAUCAAGUACGGUGGCCCCCAGCACAUCGUGGGCAGUCCCUUCAAGGCCAAGGUCACAGGUCCCCGGCUGUCUGGAGGCCACAGCCUUCACGAAACAUCCACAGUUCUGGUGGAGACGGUGACCAAGUCGUCCUCAAGCCGGGGCUCCAGCUACAGUUCCAUCCCCAAGUUCUCCUCAGACGCCAGCAAGGUGGUGACACGGGGCCCCGGGCUGUCCCAGGCCUUCGUGGGCCAGAAGAACUCCUUCACUGUGGACUGCAGCAAAGCAGGCACCAACAUGAUGAUGGUGGGCGUGCACGGGCCCAAGACCCCCUGUGAGGAGGUGUAUGUGAAGCACAUGGGCAAUCGGGUGUACAACGUCACCUACACCGUCAAGGAGAAAGGGGACUACAUCCUCAUUGUCAAGUGGGGCGAUGAAAGUGUGCCUGGAAGCCCCUUCAAAGUCAAUGUGCCCUGAACCCCAAAAGUACCUCCCCCAGCCACAGCCCCCACCUCCAGCCAGACACACACACUCACAUACACAAAUGUGCUACACCCAGCUGCACACGCACAGAAUCGCACACUACACACUCCUGCCUGGGGUGUGAAAAGAAUGGCAGAGCCUCCCCAGCCCACUGUGCCCUUGGGGUUGGAGGGUCUUGUCUGUCUCAGGGCAGUGUCCCUCCCCUAGAAUGUGACAUGAGGGCCACUGGGGCCAGGCUCAGGGGCAGAGGCUGUGACUUAAGGGGUUG